AAAAAGUACUUCCCUAUCCUAUUUACAGUUUUGUGGUAUUAGGAUAUACCACAAUAUUUCCCUCCAUAAAUAGAACUACACGUGGUGCUGAAGAAAGAAAUUAUGGCAACAACAGGACAACUUGCUUUGUUGAGUGUGUCAGAUAAAACAGGCUUGGUAGAUUUUGCCAAGAAGCUAACUUCCCUUGGAUUAGAACUGAUUGCCUCAGGUGGAACUUCUAAGGCCAUAAGAGAUGCUGGAAUUCCUGUUAAGGAUGUAUCAGAAAUUACAGGAGCUCCAGAAAUGUUGGGUGGACGUGUCAAAACUCUUCAUCCAGCUGUACAUGCUGGAAUAUUGUCAAGAAUAACAGAUUCUGAUCAGGAGGAUAUGAAAAAACAGAAUUAUAAAAUGAUCAGGAUAGUGGUCAAUAAUUUAUAUCCCUUUGUGAAAACUGUAGCUGAUCCAAGUGUACUUGUAGAAAAAGCUGUGGAACAAAUUGACAUUGGUGGUGUAACACUAUUGAGAGCAGCUGCUAAGAACCAUGCUAGAGUGACUGUAGUUUGUGAUCCUGAAGAUUACAAUAGGGUAAUUGAUGAAAUGACGAGUUCUAGUGACAAGGACACAUCUUUGGAGUUGAGGAGAAAGUUGGCUGUGAAGGCAUUCAACCACACAGCAGAGUACGACAGAGCUAUAUCAGAUUACUUCAGAAGACAAUAUAGUGCAGGUGACUCUCAGCUUACAUUAAGAUAUGGUAUGAACCCUCACCAGAAACCUGCUCAGUUGUUCACUAAUAUGGCACAGCUACCUAUGAAAGUUGUAAAUGGAUCUCCAGGAUUUGUUAACCUAUGUGAUGCCCUGAAUGGUUGGCAGCUGGUGAAAGAAUUACGAAAAGCCUGUAACAGACCUGCAGCUACAUCAUUUAAACAUGUCAGUCCAGCAGGUGCUGCUGUAGGAGGUCAGGGACUAUCAGAGGCCGACAGGAAAGUCUGUAUGGUAGAGGACAUGGACAAUUUGUCUCCCCUGGCAGAGGCCUAUGCAAGAGCCAGAGGAGCAGAUAGAAUGUCAUCAUUUGGAGAUUUUAUAGCCUUGUCUGAUACGUGUGAUGUUCAAACAGCUAAAAUUAUAUCCAGAGAGGUAUCUGAUGGGAUUAUAGCUCCAGGAUAUCUACCAGAAGCUCUAGAUAUCCUCAAGAAAAAGAAAGGAGGGAACUAUUGUGUUCUACAGAUGGACAGUGAAUAUGAACCUUCUGAAAUGGAGACUAGGACACUAUUUGGUUUACAAAUGGAACAGAAGAGAAAUGAUGCAGUAAUCAACUCAGAUCUCAUGAAGAAUGUUGUCUCUAACAGAAAGGAGCUUACAAAGGAAGCUGUUCAGGACUUGAUUGUAGCCAGUAUCACACUGAAGUAUACCCAGUCCAACUCUGUUUGUUAUGCUAAAGGUGGACAAGUAAUUGGAAUAGGUGCAGGUCAGCAGUCCAGGAUUCAUUGUACAAGACUGGCUGGGGACAAGGCUAACAACUGGUGGCUAAGACAACAUCCUAAAGUGAUGAACAUGAAAUUCCGAGAUGGAGUGAAGAGAGCGGAGAGGAACAAUGCUAUUGAUCAGUUUGUUUUAGGAACAGUAGGGACUGACCAAGAUAAAGAAUCAUGGGAUACUAUGUUUGAAAGUCCUCCUUCUCCUUUGACAGAGGAGGAAAGGAAAAACUGGAUUUUACAACUGAAAGGAGUUUCUCUGAGUUCAGAUGCUUUCUUUCCAUUCCGAGAUAACAUUGACAGAGCAGCUUUGAGUGGAGUGGAGUACAUGGUCUCACCUGCUGGAUCAACCAAUGACGGUGGAGUCAUCCAAGCAUGCAAUGACCACAACAUGGUGUUUGUCCAUACCAAUUUGAGACUUUUCCACCAUUGAGAUUUAAAAUAUUCAUUUUUGUUUCAGUUUGGGACCAGUCUUAUUUUCUUUGUUAAUGAUCUCAGUUUACAAAUGCAUGAUACUAUUAUCUAUGUUAAAAUAAUUAUAAUACUCCAAUGUCUAGCACUAUAACUUCUGUAUUAUAGAUCAAAGUGUAAAAUUUGAUACUUUUUUUACAUAAUCAGGUUGUUUAGGGAACAACCAUUUAACUUCAAGAGGGGUUAUGCUUUUCUCCUUAAAAAUUAUUGAUAUGGAAAAAAAUAUUGUUGUCAAGCAGAUAAC